AUGCCUGCACCCGUCCAAAUAGCCAGGCGCGAGAGCGCCUUCUCCCCAGAUGCGCCGCUCUCGCCGCUGCUCCACCCGGCCCUCUCGACGUCGCUCUCUCGCUCGUUCGGCCUCAACUCGCCCUUCUCGCUCGCAGCCAUGUCGACCUCCCUCAAGGACAUGUCGUCGUCACCGAGCUUCUCCUCCAUGGCCAUGUCGCUCGGUCGCUCGUUCGAAGAGCGCCCCAAGAUCGAGGCGCAGUUCUUCAAGAACUUUACCUGCUGCGGACUCGACUUGCAGGACCUCCACGGCCUCCUCGAGCACUUUGAAGAGUGCCAUGUCGCAUUCGAUGACGACGAGAGCGUCGAGGACGGCGAGAUGGACCUCGAGUUGGACGACGCGGCCGAGAGCGAGGGGACCAUCUCGGGCCCACCGAGUCCGCGGUUGCAGCGCUUCGAGAUUAAAAAGUCGGGCUUGUCGUCGUUCGAGACGCCCGAGUCGCCGGCGACGCAGGCGCUCCACCUCGACGGCGGGAUGGAGCUCGACAUGGAGAUGGGCGACGAGGCAGGCGACGCUUCGUCCCCUUCGUCCGUCGGAUCUUCCUCGGGCAACCUUUCCACCACCAACGGCUACAACGCCUCGUUUGACCCGCUCCAGCAUGGCAGCGCAAAGAAGAAGGGUUCGCCAGGCGCGUUCAACCCGCCGCCCCAACCGACUUCUAUUCCUCCCUCGAUCAUCGACUUUGGUUCGCGCUCGCGCGCUUCGUCGAGCAAUGGUACGCCGGGUACCGACGAACCGCCUAAUACGGGCGGAGACAGCCUCGCGUUCCUCCCCGCCGGCACGGUCAACCCCGUUCAGGCGCUGGGCAACGGAGGCUUCGCGCCUUCGCUUCUCUUCCCGCCCAGCACGUCGUCGACUACCCCUGCGCCUGGGUUGGCGCAGCAAGUCAAGGCCGAGCAGCACGAUAUCGAGAUUGCUCACGACAUCGAGCCGGAGGAGGAGGAAGAGUCGGACGAGGAGGACGAGGAGGAAGCCGAGGACAGCACGGACGAGGAAGAGGAGGAGGCGCACAGGCAGCGACAGCAUCAGGCGUCGCAGCAACCCGCACGACAAGGCUCGAUCCCGUCGCUCUCGCUCUCGCCCAUGUCGCCCAUGUCGCCGCAGAACUUGCCCGCCCUCCCGCCUAUGCCGCCUCUGCCCGUCAAUCAUUCGCCCUCGCCUACUCCGUCGUCGCACUCGGCUUCGUCGCUCUCAAAUAAGCCGCCCAAGCCGCUCAAGAAGACGGCGUCGACUUCGGCCGCUGCAGCCGCCGCCGCACUCGCCUCUCUCCCUCCUCAUCCCGUCAUCAACCCCCACGAUCCGGCUACCAUCUCUGCUCUCGCAAACACGACCCUCAAAGAUCCGAUCCAGACCGCCGCCGCCAUCGCCGCACUGGGUCCGAACUCGCUCGCUGCACUCCCGACCGCCCUCCAUCCGCUCGGCCAAGGCGUGCAGAUCUCACCCUCCGGUCGACCGUACACCCCGCCGAGCGAGAAACCCUUCAAGUGCACCGUGCCUGGCUGCGACAAGGCUUACAAGCAGCAGAACGGGCUCAAGUACCACCGCUUGCAUGGACACUGCGGGGCGAAUGCGGUCAAGGAGGGGACGGACCCUAGAGCCGAGGGCAAACCCUACGUUUGCCAUGUCGCCAGCUGUGGCAAGCGGUACAAGAACAUGAACGGCCUGCGGUAUCACUACCAGCACUCGGGCGCACACGGCGCGCUCGGUCUCCAGAUGCUCGCGCAAGGCUGCCACCCUCCACCUCAGUUCCCGCCCGGCCACAAGCGCGGCACGGGCGGCCACCACCAGCUCGCCCAGUCCUUCACGGCUUCGAGCUCGGCCAACUCGUCUAGGGCUAGUUCGCCUGCUUCGCACCACCGCUUUGCGGGCGGCGUCGACGCGGGCGGACUCGCGGCGGCGCUCGGCAGGUACUGA